GAAACGUCAGACGCCAAUUUCAUAGAGGAGCUAGUACCUUUAGCGUCUGUUAUGAAAACUAUUGUGGAAAAAUUUCGACAAGCUUAUCGAGAUUGGAAGAAAACAAUUAUUGAAGCGCAUUUAGACAAGAGUACAAAUCUGAAUGAGAAUUAUAUGUAUUUCCCUAAAUAUACGGGGGAACAGCAAUAUAUUUGCAAAAACGAAUCUAAAAAGUUAAAAGAAAAAUUUGAAGCAUUGUAUUCUGCCAAAAAGCAAAUUAUUGUCACAAAGGUGCAAAAACAAAACCCGCAACAAUACACGCUGCAUUAUGCGUUCGAAGCGAUUGAAGAAGUUAAAUCCACUCUCUGUGAACUGAAGAUGUGGGAAUUCAAACUUGAACCAAGUACUUACAGCAAAAUCAGAGAAGAUGCCAAUUAUUCAGUUACCUUUCCAUCGAAUCCGCGACCUAAGAUUUUGUACAUAAAUGGGGAUUUUGAGAUAAAGUACGGCUUUAACGAUAAAAAAUUUGCUAAUGAUAUAGCUCUCGAUUUUAUUUUACUAAUACGCUACUUCUAG